UUCAACUGCUUAGUUUGCAAAUUGUCUUUUGUCUCUUCUCACUAGCCGCUUACAGAGAGAGAUUCCGGUCAACGUAGUUCUCACCGGCUAGGACCACUUGGCCAACGCCGUCGCUGGCACUGACGCUGACGUAGCCUGCGUUGAAUGUUAAAAGCACAUGGAUUCGAUUGAGCCGGAGAAAAACGGGUCACAGCAGGAUUUGCCUCCUCCUCCACCGGUUGUUCCACCGAAUUUAGUUCCGCUCAAAGUAGAGACUGAGCCGGUGAAGAAGAAGCCUGCUAGGGUUCCGAUAGCUAGGCGUGGGUUUGGAUCUAAAGGACAGAAGAUUUCUCUUCUUACCAACCACUUUAAAGUGAAUGUGACCAAUGUUGAGGGUUACUUUUACCAUUAUAGUGUGUCUCUCUCAUAUGAAGAUGGUCGUCCUGUUGAUGGAAAAGGCGUUGGGAGGAAGGUCAUCGAUCGAGUUCAGGAGACUUACGAUUCUGAGUUAGAUGGAAAGAACUUUGCAUAUGAUGGGGAGAAGAGUUUAUUCACUAUUGGUUCUCUUCCUCGCAACAAGCUUGAGUUCACCGUUGUGCUUGAGGACGUCACGUCUAACAGAAACAAUGGAAAUGCAAGCCCUGAAGGUCAUGGUAGUCCUAAUGAGAGUGAUCGGAAAAGGUUGCGGCGACCAUAUCAUUCUAAAACGUUCAAGGUCGAGAUCAGUUUUGCUGCAAAAAUACCCAUGCAAGCCAUUGCAAAUGCGCUUCGGGGGCAGGAGUCGGAGAACUCUCAAGAAGCCAUAAGGGUUCUGGACAUCAUAUUGCGUCAGCAUGCAGCUAAACAGGGUUGCCUCCUUGUUCGCCAGAACUUUUUUCACAAUGAUCCAAGGAAUUUCGCAGAUGUUGGGGGUGGUGUUCUGGGUUGUAAAGGGUUUCACUCGAGUUUUAGAACCACUCAGGGGGGCUUAUCUCUGAAUAUUGAUGUAUCUACAACCAUGAUAAUUCAGCCUGGGCCGGUUGUGGAUUUUCUAAUUGCCAACCAAAAUGCAAGAGACCCCUUUCAACUUGACUGGGCUAAGGCAAAACGAACUCUUAAAAACCUGAGGAUCAAAGCUAGCCCCUCGAACCAGGAGUACAAGAUAACUGGUCUGAGUGACAAACCAUGCAGAGAGCAAAUGUUUCAACUUAAACAAAAAAGGGAUGGGGAUGGUGAACCUCUGGAAUUAACUGUUUAUGACUAUUUUGUUAAUCAUCGUCAUAUAGAUUUGCGCUAUUCUGCUGAUUUGCCUUGCAUUAACGUUGGGAAGCCAAAGCGCCCUACUUAUAUUCCGAUUGAGCUUUGUACUUUGGUGUCCUUGCAACGAUACACGAAAGCACUCAAUACUCUCCAAAGAGCUUCCCUGGUGGAGAAAUCAAGGCAAAAACCCCAAGAGAGGAUGAGUACUUUAACAAAUGCUCUUAAAAGCAGCAAAUAUGAUGCUGAACCUAUGCUACGUUCUUGUGGCAUUUCAAUCAGUACUAAUUUUGCUGAUAUUGAAGGCCGUGUUUUGCCUGCUCCAAGGCUAAAAGUAGGCAAUGGGGAGGAUUUCUUUCCCCGGAAUGGGCGGUGGAAUUUUAAUAACAAGAAACUCGUGGAGCCUAGUAAGAUAGAAAGAUGGGCUGUUGUGAACUUCUCAGCGCGAUGUGAUGUUCGUAGCCUUGUAAGAGACCUUACAAGAUGUGCAGAUAUGAAAGGAAUUCCUAUGGAGGCUCCCUUUGAUGUAUUUGAGGAGAAUCCACAGUUUAGGCGAGCUCCACCUACAGUUAGAGUGGAGAAAAUGUUUGAGGAGAUACAGUCUAAACUUCCUGGUGCCCCCAAGUUCCUAUUGUGUUUACUCCCGGAGAGGAAAAACUCAGAUAUAUAUGGCCCUUGGAAGAAGAAAAAUCUUGCUGAGUUUGGAAUUGUCACCCAGUGCCUGGCUCCUCAAAGGGUCAAUGACCAGUAUCUGACUAAUCUUCUGUUGAAGAUCAAUGCAAAGCUUGGUGGGUUAAAUUCUAUGUUAUCAGUUGAACAUACUCCUUCUAUUCCGGUUGUUUCUAAGGUUCCUACAAUCAUACUUGGGAUGGAUGUAUCACAUGGCUCUCCUGGGCAUUCUGAUUGCCCGUCCAUUGCUGCGGUGGUCAGUUCCAGGAAUUGGCCAUUGAUUUCUCGUUACAGGGCAUCAGUUCGCACUCAGUCUCCAAAGGUGGAAAUGAUAGACUCUCUAUACAAACGAGUGUCAGAAACUGAGGAUGAAGGAAUGAUUAGGGAGCUUCUGUUGGAUUUUUAUACCAGUUCAGGUAAAAGGAAACCAGAUCAGAUCAUCAUAUUCAGGGAUGGUGUAAGUGAAUCUCAAUUUAAUCAAGUAUUGAAUAUUGAACUGGAUCAGAUAAUUGAGGCAUGCAAGUUUCUUGAUGAGAAAUGGAACCCCAAGUUUGUGGUGAUUGUAGCUCAGAAGAACCACCAUACAAAAUUCUUCCAAAAGGGAUCUCCUGAUAAUGUUCCACCUGGUACUGUCAUAGACAAUAAAGUCUGUCAUCCAAGGAACAAUGAUUUCUAUCUCUGUGCUCAUGCAGGAAUGAUUGGUACUACAAGACCCACACAUUACCAUGUUUUAUUAGAUGAGGUUGGCUUUUCAGCAGACGAUCUUCAGGACCUAGUGCAUUCUCUAUCAUAUGUUUAUCAAAGAAGUACAACUGCCAUUUCUGUAGUUGCGCCAAUAUGCUAUGCUCACCUGGCUGCCACCCAGAUGGGAUCGUUCAUGAAGUUCGAAGACACUUCUGAGACGUCAUCGAGUCACGGUGGUGUAACCUCUGCUGGAGCUGUUCCUGUGCCUCAGCUGCCCAAAUUGCAGGAUAAAGUAUGCAAUUCUAUGUUCUUCUGUUGAGGCGUUGAGGCAGGCUGAUAAUGUAAAUAUGAAACUUGAAGACACCUUGUGUACAUGGUCUUAGGUGGUGGGGGUUUUGAUACUCCUAUCUUGCUCAGGAGUUGAAUCUUGCACCUAGAUGUUAGUCUUAGUAGUAUCUGUUAAGACAGAAUUGGCCUUGCACGCACGCCUUUCUAUUUUGCUGCCACCACAGCUUUUUUCUUGGUUCACCCUUUGGUGCUGCUUUCAAGUGAGGCUUAACAAUUGCUUUUGCUUUCAA